AUGACUAGNAAACAAUGGACAGAAGUCGUACCAUUUGCAGUCCACUCUGCAUCCUCUCUGUGGGAGAGCCAGGAGAUCCAGGAUGUGGAGAUGACGGCUGGAACACUGACAGUGUUCCAGCCGUCAUCUCCACAUCCUGGAUCUCCUGGCUCUCCCACAGAGAGGAUGCAGAGUGGACUGCAAAUGGGUGAGGAGGAAGAGGAGCCCCCUCUCCGCCCCCCGUUACCCCAGGAGCUGCAGGAGAGCUUCCAGAGCAGGGAUCAGGGCCAUGGCUGGACAGAGUCACCAUAUGAGGCGAUCUACAGCCAUACUGUUGACCCCGCUCAGAGAGGAGGACACAGCCAGCCUGACCUCCUAAAUGUGAAAGCACAGAGAGACUCAUUUGAAUCUGGUUCAAAGUGGAUCCCACCAGAUGCAACAAACCAAUCAACCAAGAAGAUGAAGAUGAGUGAAGAAGAGCAGAUCGAACGGAUAAAGAGGAAUCAGGAGAGGGUGAAUAAGAAGAAACCCCCAAUACAUGGUUCUGGUCAAAGUUUGGAGACAAGAGAGGAGGCUCCCUUUCCUAUAAGGGUGACCCGAGUUGUUACAGCUGUACUGCCGUCCUCCCUUGUGGCCAGGCGGGUUUCUGUUGAGGAUCCCCCACCUGAGCUCGACAACCCACUGCCCGAGCAGAUCCCCCCUGAGAUGCAGGAAACAUUUUUGAAUAAGCCAUCCAGGCGUCUGGUGCUGGAGGGUCCUGAUCAGAGGCGUUCCUCUGCAGAGAUUCACCAUGAUCAGGCUGUUAGAAAGGCAAACAGGCAGCAGCAGCAGGGAGGGUUGAGGUCCCCAAAGAGGGAGUCACGGUCAGAAAAGACCUCCAGGAAUCAACUCCGAGACCAAGAAGGUUUAGGAAAUGGAAGUGAGAGGUUAGACGUCAGGACAGAUGAACGGCGCUCUGCCCACCUUACCCCUGACAUGAGCCCUGACCUCUGUCUGACCCCUGAACAGCGAGAGGCCAAACUUCGUCGUGUUGAACGAAUAAGGGAGAGAGUCAUAAAAAGCGCAGUCAGACAGAGUGCCACUUCACACGAUCAACUGCCGAUCAGGGGGGAGGGGCAGGAAGUUCCCCCUGACACAGCUAGAAAACAAAGGAUGAAAUCAGGCCAGAGAUCCUACGAUGGCUAUGGAAGCUGUGAUCAUAUCCGAGGUUCUGCAGAACUUCAGCGGUCUAGUGGAACAUGUCACGCUGAAGACGAAAGAGAAGCACAUGUGAAAAAAUCAAAAGGUCAACUCAAACUUGGAAACAAAACACAGGACAAAGAUAACAGUGGAAGAACAGGGGUUGCCAAAACUAAAAUCAGACGCCCACCUUCACCCUAUCACAUCUCAUCUAUGACUGUCCACCAGAAAGAUGGAGGCAAGGGGUUCACGAGAUGCAAGGAUGGAGAGGGGAAAAAGUUUGAAGACCCUGACGCUGAUGAUCGUGAUGGGGAUUUUUCAUCCUCCGACCUGAGAGCCAAGUGGUUUCUCUCCACCAACCAGUGGAAAGGCGUACCUAUGCCUAAGGACGCGUGCAAUGAAGACGUCGAGAACCAAACGGCAUGCACUGAUGACCUGACUGAUUCCAAUGCAAUGUCAUUGUCAGUCAGUGAAAGCUUAGAGAAAAUGAAAGAGAACCACUCACUCUUCUAUAAGAUUGCAUGUGAUAUCUGUAUUUCAGACACAGAUAUAACAAAGACUGAUGGCAAUAGCCAAACAUCAUCGAGGCCAGAAGAAGAACUGCUGAUCACUGAAUCUCUCUUAGACGAGGUGAUCCAUAGUAUUGGGAGAUCUUUCAAACAACAGAGCCUCCAAGAAUCAAGACUACAUUUGCCAUCAGGCGUAGAUGAAAAUAUUCUCUCAAUAAAUGAUGAACUCCAAGAUUCAACCGAGGACAACGCAGUGUCAAAUACCUCAGCACAUUUAGAAAAAGAUGACGACACCUCAAGGCAGAACAGCCAGUUGGAAGUUAAAGAAAUUGUCCAUGGAGAUCCUGUUCAGGACACCAAUUCUGAUCAGGCCCUGGAUGAAUCUGCCAAGCAAAGAGAAGAAGAAAGUGGGACGAAAGAGUCAGAAGACAGCAAGGUGGACCAAGAGAGAGCUGAAGAGCGGAAGAAAUGUCAAAGUAUAAUUGAGGAGGACAAAGACACAGUCCCAGAAGGAGGCAACAACCGCUCCAUCACUCCAUCAGGGUAUGAGGGCCAACGUUUGAUUCGGAGCGCCUCUUUUGGGAAGGCACGAGUUACAGUAUUAAGGACAAGUUUGUAGAUGCAAGAACGGCAAAAGGCUUAAGGGGCUUAAAUGAACGAACUUGGAAAGGACAAGUGAUUAAUGGUAAAGAAUUGAAUGAGGAGAAGGACCUGGUGUGAUUGAAAGAAUUUGGACCUAACUUUUCAUUAGAAACUGUAAAAUGGGAACAUUUAGGAAUAGUUGGUGGUAAAUUAGAACAUUGUCCUUUAACAUAAUACAUGGUUUGAAAUGGAUGGAGAGUUAUAAUAGAAAGUCUUAUGAAUAUUUAAUGAAAACAAAAACUAUGUUUGCAAAUACAGUGUUGUUGUUUCACUUAAUGGAGAACAUCAAGUGGAAAAAAUGCCGAGUAUAGGUUAACUCUUUCAUUCCUCUCCAAACAUGCUUUUAACAUAACACUGGAGUACACAUGAUUGCUGCUGGUGGAUGGCAACAUAACCGUGUUAUUGUCACCAUAACAAAAUGUGUUUUGUAUCUCAAAUAUCCUGAUUAAUAAACAUGUAAUUGACUACAUCAA